AUGGCUCCUUCAUGGCGCCGCGUGGCGUGCCGCGCGCCGUCGUGCGUGCACCACGCGGUGUGGCGUUCGGAACAGCAGAGGAUUCUGACGUUUGUCCGGACUUUUUCAGGCGUAGAGCUGCCUUUCAAGUCCAGAGAGGAGGAGCGAAUGGUGAAAACUACGCUGCACGAGCUGGGAGCGAAGAGAGAGGACAUGAAGCUUUCAUUGAAGGUGUAUCAUUUUCAAGAGCUCUCUCGGAGCUCCAUCCGGGAUGCGAUCCUCGAGCGGGACGGGCGCUACGUGUCAUUGAAGAAGGAGCUCAGAGAGAAUGUGAAGCAACUCUCACCGGCUCAGUUGGUGGCUGCAAUGGUUUCCUGCGGACGUCUUAGUAUCCGAGAAAAGCAGAUGUGGUGGGACCUUGCGCGAGCGGUAGAGCACCACACUGUGAAAACUAAAAGUGGCAUGCCUGGCUUGCAGCACUCGCAGAUUUCAUUGGUGUUGCAUGCUUUGGGAAAAGCCAAUGUGAAGAUCAAGGAACGCUUCUAUUACCGCAUGCUCAAGUUGUUAAUCCAAAAUGCAGAGAUUUGGACUGAGUUUGAUAUGGCUUGGAUACUCUAUGGGAUGCGGAAAAGGCGCUUGCGGCCAUGCAACUUCGAGAAGAAAGAGCACCAACUGUGGGCACAAGUUCUUCGGAUUGUGGCUGCAUUCUUCCGGCAGAAGCUGCACUUCAUAUCUCCCAAAGGCAUUGUUUGCAUCCUCUAUGAGUUUGCUCAUCAUGGUAUUUUUCCAGGAGGCUUCACGCUCUUCCGCGCGACCCGGCGGAUCCGACGAAACCUUGACACCUUGAACCAGCGAGCGCUGCUGUGGCUUGCCGUCCUCUUGGCACGCUUCGAUUGGCCAGAACUACGGCUCUUGAAGAAGUACAGCGCUGAACUUCGACAAGCGCACAGGGUCGCGCGCAUGCAUCCUCAAAACAUGGUGGUGAUACUUCACGCUUAUGCCAGGCUGGGCAUUCGGGAUGUGGAGUUGUUGAAGGUGUUCACCUUUGAGCUCAUGAAGGCCAACAAGGAGUCCCUGGGCGGCAAGUAUUUCACGAUGCUGGCGUAUUCCCUUGGAAAGUUGGGAGUCCGUGGCCCUUUGUGGAAGGAGCUUUCGGAGGGAUUGAGCGAGAAGAUCGAUUUUCUUGCGCCGCUGGACUUGGCAUUGAUUGCGCAUAGCUUUGGCAAGGCGAAGCCUGAUUGUGAGAAGGCAUUAGCAGGAGCUUUCUCUGAUGCUGCAUUGGUCUCAAUGGCUGGAUUCACUCCAAAGCUCUUGGCGUGUCUUCUGGACGGCUUCACCUUAGCAGGGUGCCUGCGCGAAGACGUCUUCUUUGCUGCAAUGGAAGAAUACAUUCGACAUGGGUCCAUCGGCGGCCGCCAGCGUCAGCAAAUGAUGUCUCGUGUGCUUUUCUCGGUUAUGUUGGAGCGGAAGCAUAUGCUGGAAGGCGUUUCGCCAGCUUGGGAACCAUUGUUAAGCCGAAUACAUCACGCACCGGUUGAUGCGCCGCCAAGACCAUACCAUCGCGAGCUGCAAACCUGCGCUGCUGCUUUAUCGUUGAAAGCAAGACGUCGCCGCAAAGGUCCUUACAUGGUCGAUUUGUACGUGCCAGUGGAGGCACACGUUCCUCACGAGGGAACUUUCCCGGCCAAUCUCUUCACCGUUUCAGCCUUGGCGGUGCACCUGUUGGCAGAGGCGGAGUUCUGCCCGCUGAGCGGCGAGCUGCUGGGCCCCACGCGCCUGCGCCGUCGGCAUCUGCUCCACAUGGAAUGCCAGCAUGUGGGCCUCCGGCGGAAGGAGUGGUUGUCGCGACCUGACACAGAGGCACGAAUCACCGACUUGGAAGCCUUACUGGUGAAACAUGUCCCGUUGCGGCGCCGGCCGAUCUCCAUGGUCGAGGCCUUUCUCGAUUGGCUGUGGACCCCCGAGGAGUUUCAGUUGGAUCCUGUUCCUUUGAUGACACCAGAGCUCUUCCCAGAGGAAUAUCAAGAGGAGAUGACUUGGGGUACCUACAGGCCUGGGAUCUACUUUGGAGUGAAGGGUCGUCAUGAAAAAUCCUUUCUUUUUGGCCUCAUGUGGGGCUCAUUGGAUGGAAAGCUCCUACGCCACGAGUGUGAGUCUGGCCAGCUGAGAGCAUUCAAUUGGCAAGAGCACGAUGGACGGAACUAUGGCUUUCAAAGAAUUGAAGAUGAGAAGCUGGGGCACGAGCUGAAGACCAUUUUCGUCAAGGAGGACUCCAAGAAGUGGCACGUCCGCAUCAACACCACGACCCUAGGUGCCUCCGCCAAAGCCAUUGUUUUGUUCCCAUACCUGGGCAUUGAGGCCACCAGCAGGUUGCAAGUCGAUGAGGAUUCCGAUUGGAGGCAGGACUCGCAGUCGCGGUCUCUGAAGAUUUCGGGCGUGGAUCCUGUGGCCGGACCUUUUGAUGCACGACUCACUUUCAGGAGAGCGAAAGAACAGGGCAAAUUGCAUCAUGUAUCAGCGUACAUCCAGCCUGAUGAAGCAGAUGCUUCGCAGAGUACAGGUGUAUGGGAUGCGAAAAGGAAUUUGCAGAAGUUUUUGUCGAAGACAAAGAGGCCUCGCUUGCCAGACAGUGACGAGACCGGAACUGCGAACUGGAUGGCCUUUCAGCUCGCAAGCAACACGUCGCUUCAAGUGGAUUUUCACGUGGAUUUCCGCGUUUCCAGGAGAAUCCUGGAUGCCAAUGCCGAGAGCCGAUUGCUGGAGGAUGCCAUGAAAUCGAAAUCCGAAGACUUCAAAACGCAAAUGUCAGAGGUCUUCGAGCGCGACAGAACUCAAAGGUUCAAGAGUGAGUUCAAUGAGCUCAAUGAUGGAAGGACGAGUGGAUCAAAGGGCAAAGCGGACGAAGCGGACGAAGCUCCCAGCGAGCUCGAGCGACGCGAGGCGCUACAUCUGGCAGUGGCAUCACUGUUGGGCGGCUUGGGAGUCUUCCGAGGGCGCCUCCUAGUCAAGACCUCUGAAACCUCGCUGCAAAGACUUCCCAAGAAGGUGCUUUUCACAGCUGUGCCUUCGAGAAGUUUCUUUCCAAGAGGUUUUCUUUGGGAUGAAGGCUUCCAUGGCCUAAUUCUGUGUCGGUGGCACCCCAGAAUCUUCUUCGAUGUGUUGGCGCAUUGGUUGGAGCUUCAAGAGCCAUCAGGCUGGAUCCCACGUGAAGUGCCUUUGGGGUCGGAGCAGGAAAUCCGAGUGCCACAGCAAUUCUUGCCACAGGACCCUGACAUUGCAAAUCCACCAAGUCUUCUAUUGCCCUUGGUUUGGCUUUUGGAUGCAGAUGAUGAGCUUGUGGAAUCCUUGGCACGGCAAAGCAAGAUGAGCUCGACAGACUUCAAGCACUUGGUGUUGUCCUUCUCCGAAAAAGCCUUUCCGCGCUUGACGAGAUGGUACGCUUGGUUGGAGCGAAGCCAGCGAUCGGACCAUCGCGCUUCGUGCUUCCGAUGGAAGGGACGAACUGCGGCGCAUUGCUUGGCCAGUGGUUUGGACGAUUAUCCACGGGGGCUCUACGUGAAUUCCGACGAAUGCCAUUUGGAUCUGCAUUCCUGGAUGCUGUUCUUCGCCAGGAAGCCUGGCAUGACGCCCCAGAGUAGUGUGAACUUCGUGGAAGCGUCUCCGACAAGAGUGUCCCGCACUGCGGCGAAACUACGUUUGCGACUUCGCUGCGCCAUGCUCAACUUGACGUCACAAAAGUGGUCAACUCGGGUUGCAAAGCUCAACCAGACAUUGUUCGAGGUCUUUUUCCAGGGGGAAAUUCUGGCUGAUUUCAUUGGACGGCAGCCAGUCUCCAAGGUCGGAACGAAAACGACGAUCUUGGUGACGCCACCCUGGCGUUCUGAUGGCCGCUGCGGACCCCAAUUCCCUGCGGAAGCUGGAACCCCUGGAGAAUGCGAUCCAUAUGGAGGUGCCGCUUGCUGUUCGCCCUCGGGGUGGUGCGGUGGCUCCGCCGACUUCUGCGACUGCCCGGGCUGUCGACGCUUCCAAAGACUCGAGGAACGAGCGCAACGCGCCAAGACGGCUUCAGUGCAUUCGCCUCACUUGGGAUAUGUAUCCUUGUUUCCAUUGGUCCUGGGACAUCUUCCAUGUGAUCAUCCGAUGGCGCAACGACUGAUUGCGGCCUUGCAGCCACCAAGUCGUGGAAGUCACAAGGCUGGUGAACUUUGGAGUCGCUAUGGGGUCCUGUCCCUAUCCUCCAAAGAUCCACUAUUUCGGAGUGGAGAAGACUAUUGGAGAGGAAAGAUUUGGGCCAACCUGAACUAUCUUACGAUUUCUGCCUUGCAGAGAUGCGAAAGUGAACAGGCUGCCACAGCUUUCCGCUCGCUGAAGUCGGGUUUCGUGGCCACGGUGCUGAGAACUUUAAAGCGACAACGCUUUCUGAUGGAGAACUUCGACCCCAAAACCGGAGAAGGUCGUGGCGCGGCACCAUUUGCAGGGUGGACCAGCUUGGUGGCACUGCUGGCAGAGAGCCACAGCGUCAAGCGACAAGAAGCAGCGAGCGAAGUGACAGGUAGCGACGAGAGGUCGGAAGAAGGGAGGAGCGAUCUGUGAGAAAAAGAGAGGAAACAAGAAGCUACUAGGAACAAGUGCCACGCU